AUGUGUGAAGAAUGUGUGUUGACAUUGUCGUCUUACCGCUUGCUUUGGUUUGCCGCCUCGUUCUGCUUGUUUCUUGAAUGCAGCUGCUCCCAUCGGCGUCGGAUUCAGAUGGGCUCAAUGGUCCCUGUGCCGAGCGUUGGGUGCGGUAGCAAUGUCAGCCUCAACAAGGACACACUUUCGAUUAAGACCAUGCCGUCCCCAGAUCUGGACCUGCCAGAGAUCAACAGAACGUACAGUGUGUAUCUGCCUCCAUCAUACUCCCAGUCGUCGCCAUCUCCGUUGGUGAUGGUGUUCCACGGUUGGGGUGAGCGGGGCUACACUUAUCAUACUUCCUACGGUUUUGGCGACCUUGCAAGAGAGAACGAUUUCAUUGCGGUGUAUCCACAAGGAGUUGGUGAUUGUCAAGCAGGUGCUGAGUGCAAGAACUUUUUUUCGUGGAACGGUGGGGGAACAACGAACAAUGACCAAGCUUGCGGGAACUUCUCUAAAGCUUAUAAUAAGAAUGUUUGCUACGAAAGUUGUGCGGUUAAGACUCACGGUUGCAACCCGUGCGAUUGGACCACUUGUUACGAUGACGUGGCUUUUGUCGGCAAGAUGCUGGACUCUUUGCAAGCAGAGUAUUGCGUAGACCUCCGCAGACAGUAUGCGAUUGGGUGCUCGAAUGGAGGAGUUCUGUCGUUCGAGCUGGUGAAGAACUUGCCAGGCCAAUUCGCUGGAAUUGGUUCCGCUUGCGGCGCCCGCCCCCACGCAGGAUGGGACGGAGCGCUCGGAGACGGCCCACCCGUAUCAUUAAUCAUGAUUGGCGGGGAUAGAGAUCGUAGUUUUCCACCUUAUGACCCCCCAGGGGCCGGCCCACCGACGGACAAGAGUUGGUGGGAUGGUUAUAUCUACGCAGGUCUGAGAGAGUCCACUGCUUACUAUGUCGAACAUAACGGCUGCAAUGGCACAAUUGCUCGUGAGUUUCCGGUUGGACCUUAUACCGCGAAUGAUAUGAGUUGUGUAGAGGACGGGUAUGAUUGCCAGGGUGGCGCGGGUGUGGUCAGAUGCAUCUUCUCAGGGGGUCAUGACUUCAACAGAGGUACAGGAUCCGAUGACAUGUUCGACGGUCCGCAGAUGAUGUGGGAUUUUCUCAGCGCGCGACCCCUCAUCGGAUACAAUUCGGUGAGCACGGCCAUGCCCGCACCUACGCCCACGCCGAGCCCCAAUGCGACAGGCAUUUCGGUGACCAGUCCCAUUGAGAGCAGCACAAUUGUGGCCAACACCACUGCAAGCAGUGCCAGUACUAUGCAGCUUGCUGCCGCCACGCUACUUUACGUGGUAACUAGUUCCAUGUCGUUUGAAAGUUCUGGCACACGGGAUGAGGUGACCAACGUUAUACGUUCCCGUGUGUCAUUUUUUUAUGGUGGAAAUGGUGAUCAUCGAGUGGUACAUGUCGCUUCUGCUUCGGCCCAGUCACAUUUCAAUUCAUGGGACAUCGGGUUUGAGGUAGUUGCACCUCUUAACUCGGCCGAGAAAGUCUUCGACAUGACGGAAGAGAUAGUGAAUGAUUCGUUCUUGUUCACAUCGUAUUUGAAUACAAGUUUCAAGUCGCAAGGCAUGGAGAUGGUAGAAUCCUCGUUGAACGUCGCACCACCAGAAAUGAAGAUCUCUCCUGGUACCGUGACAUCUGCGAGCGUGACUGUCACCAUACGGCGAAGCACAGCGCGCCCGCUUGGCAAUGCCAUAUCCGAACUGGAUAAAAGUGAUGGUGCUCUUUGGGGAAGACACCCUGGCCUGUUUUUGGCGAUCGCCCCCAUGAUCUUAUACUAA